AUAGUGCAAGGUCCCUUUACAGAUAAAAUUAACAUAAUUACGUGUAUUAAGUAAUGUGUUGCAGCCUACACAACCCUGUUAUUAUCUUAACAAAAUGCAUUUUGAUAAUUUAAAUUACAGAGUAGCCGAAUGUUUUAGAAUGCAUUACAAAACAAUACUUGUUUAGUCUGACAUAAUUCACAAUCCCAAUCUUUUUUUUCAGUAAACAUGCAACAAAGGAGGAGAAAAAAACCAGAGCAGGAUGCCAAGGAGCAUAUAUUAGCUGGAAAAGACAAACCCUUCAUUGAGAAAAGAUACAUCAAUGCAUUUAAAGGAAGAGGUGUAUUUGCGAUCGAAAACAUUGAACCAUCCACGUUUGUGGUUGAGUAUUGUGGGAUUCUCUCAGAAAGUAAAGAAGUUGAAGACGAUCAAGGAACCUACUUGUUUGACUUCAAGUGGAAUGGGAAACAUUAUUGCAUAGAUGCUUCAAAAGAGGACGGAAAACUUGGACAAUUAGUGAACGGUGAUCACAGAACUCCAAAUUGUAAAGUGAAGACCAUCGUUGUUGAGGGAAGGCCACACUUGUGCCUUUUUAGUACCAGAAAAAUCUUAAAAGAUGAGGAAAUAACAUACCACUAUGGUGAUUCCUCUUGGCCAUGGCACUCGAUGGAAAUGUGUAAUGAGGCGCUGGGGACACAGAACAUCGAGAAGCCCUGCUCAUCAGAGACAGAGAAAGGAAGCUAAAAACAAUCCAGCAUAAAGGCAAACACUCCAAAGCAAACUUGGAGUGAGUCAGGAUGAGGUGGACAGCUCUCGAGAGGCCAAUCGAAGGAAGAAUUUGAAAAGGCCAUGGAAUGACAGUGAAGUGAAUGCGGUCAUGAAACAUUUCAAAACCCAUAUCUU